UCUAAUAAAUGAUAUUCGUGCGAGCCGUGUACGCAUUUUCCCCUCUACAUCUGUCGAUGCAUCUAAUUGACGAUCGUAUUGGCAAAUUGUUAUUUAUGAAAAUGACGUCGGACAGAUGUUUGAUCGUAAUAGCUGGUGAUAUAAAGGAUCAUACUUUUAAUCGCAUGUGUUACAUCGCCGAAAGUUUGUCCACUCUACUACCGAAUUUCCAAUAUAGAAACAUAAGCAAAUGUAACGAGAAAUGGGACUAUUGGCUGAAAGAAACUUGCAAGCAUUACGGAUGGACUCACAACAAGUCGCCUUUGGUAUGGAAGGAAAUCGGGAUUACUCGAACUCGCAUAGAUUACGUGGGAGGUGCUUAUCAGUUUUGGAAACUUUUGAAGAAUUAUUAUGAUGUCACGUCUUACUUGAGCGAAGAGGAUCUCGAAGAUUUACACGAAGAUCUGUUGCAUGUAAAUCUUCUCAAUUUGAUUUUUCGAUGCCCGUUCGUUCGUUCGUUCGUUCGCAGUACUCAGCAAUUUCGUUUUACGAAGGCUUACAAAGUGAAAAAGAUGAAGGCGAGAGCUUCGCAAGUGCAAGAAAAGUAUAAUCGAAUAACGAUAAUAGGGGCAGGUAGGUCGAUGUGUCUGGACCUUGUCCCCCAACUUUUAAUGACCAAGGAGUUAUGGUCGUCUCACGGGAUCAUUAUUAAUUUGUACGACGAACCCGGAUGCUACUUCAAACUGAGGAGGAUCUUGAGAGACUCAGGCACGAUAGGUGCCGGUAUUCGUAGAGUAUUCAUCGUUGACAGUAUUCCCGAGGGAUUGGAGAACUGCGACGUGUUGAUCUACCUCGACAGUUAUUCGAGGGAAGAUAACGAAGGGAACGAUGCUUGGUUCGAGCGCAAUUACAAGAUCAUCGAAAACGUGUGCAACCACGUGAACGAGUGUGCACCCUCGCACAUGAAAGUAAUAUUUUGUUCGAUGAGCCUCCCUUGUUUCUAUGCCGGCAUUAUGCACGAACUCGUCACGAAACUACCAAAAACGAAUGUGAUAGUCGCCAGCAAUCAUCACGGUUUAGAGAUCAUAUACGAGCUCGUACAUUCGAUGGGUUUUACUCUGAGACAGUUCGGUUGUCCACCCGUUUGGGGCUUCCUCGGAAUAAAUCACUUCGUCGAUGUUUCGCACAUGGUUCAAAAAUGCUACGUGUAUCGUCCGAAUAAAAGGGCUCUGAGGGCAAACGAGAAGGUCGUACUACCUCUGGGAACUCAGCAUACGGAAUUAAGAUGGUUUUUCUACAUGGUGCACGACAAAAAUCCUUAUGUAAAUUAUUUCAGGCGCAAGGCUCUCUUACGGUAUCAAGUAGGCAGGUCGGAAGAUUUUCCCAAAUGUAAAGCGAUUUGCGACCUUUUGAGAUUAUGGUUCAGUAAAACUGUGGGCGACGAAAUUAUAUCGUUAGGAAUCGCGUCCGACGGCUCUUUCGGCAUACCGGAGGGAAUAGUGUUCUCACAGCCAGUGUGUUUGAACGAAUUAGAAGAUGGCUCGCGAGUCUGGGUUCCAUUUGUAGAUUUUCCAAUGCCGAACAUGGAGAAAUUUCUGUUUCAAAGCUUCGUAGACAUGGCAAUUUACAUGAGGGACAAGAUAACUGAAAUUAAAAAUAAGUCCAACUCGACGAGAGAGUAAAUCUUGGUGGCAGAACAUUUUCCUUCGGCCAAAAGGAAUCACGAUAUUUUUAAUUACGUGUGCACGUUCAGCGCGUACACAAGUAGCAUUGAAAUAUAAGAAUCUCCAGAGUCGAUCGCUCAUAGUAUGACCGUUCGAGCUGCAUGUUCUCUCACAAACCGUACAUAUAAUAUGCCCUCGGCUCGUUUCUCGUCAAGCGAGAAACUGUACUCGACAUGUACACAAAUAUGCUUGACUCUGUUCACAGCGACGAAAUUUCUAAGGAGAAUGUUAAUAGUUCCUUAAGACAGGUUUAUUGGCUAAUAAAUACAAUUGAAUAAAUUA